GUUAGUUCGACCCAGCCCAGUGACGCGAGCUGCAUCGCAGGGACCUUUGCAUUCGCACUGCACGGUUUCGUGCAGUUCGCAGCUCACACUCUUCGUCCCCAUAAUCUGGAGCUUUUUCUUGCCCCAUCUGUCUUUUGAUUGUUUUUUCCACUGCUCGUCUCCCCGGUUCCUCUUCCAAUUAGUAGUUGCUAAUCUCAAAGAAUCUUCCGGAUUCAAUUUUGUGGCUCUCUCCCUUGUUUUCCUGCGGUCUCUGGGAGUCAGAUCUUGCGUUCAAAAAAAUUAGAAGCAAGGCAAUGCGGUCACCGUCGCUGCUGUCGCAGUGCCUGGCUGGCUUGCUGUCUCACGACAGGGCUGCAGCUCACUGCGUCAACAUCGUACCCGAGAGGGAGGCGCACCUGCCUUCGCCAGCAGUUGAGAUUGUCCCAUCAAAGAAUGUUCAUCCAUACAAGUACGCAGGUGAGAACAUUGAAAUGCACGGCAUGGACAUAUUCAAGGGAAAGGUCAGUGUUGUUGAUAUUGUUGGACUAUCUAAAUCAGAUAUUGUAACAUCAAAAGGUGAAGGGCCUUCGAAAUGCUGCGAGAGUUCUAUUGAUCUAGUAAAUGUACUUAAGGAUGAGAUCCGUGAUGGCCUAUUGACAUUCAGAAGCAAACAGGUUUUAGAGCUUGGCUGUGGAUACGGGCUUCCUGGCAUAUUUGCCUGCCUGAAGGGAGCUUCAACAGUACAUUUUCAGGAUCCUAGUGCUGAAACAAUAAGGUGCAAAACAAUACCCAAUGUACUUGCUAACCUUGAACAGGCUCAAGACAAGCAGAGUCACCAUCAAGGAAGCCCCCUUACUCCAUCCCGUCAACAACUACCUCAAGAUAUCCAUUUCUAUGCCGGGGAGUGGGAGGAUCUUCACACAGUUCUGUCAGUAAUUCAAGAGGACGAGGUGGAUGCAUCAUCAGGUGUAGGGCUAGGCUUCUGUGAAGAUGACCCUUUGGAUGGAUACAACAGCCAGGAUGGGAACAAUAUUUGCCAUGAAACUUCAUCAAGGCAAUCAAGAAAACUAUCAGGCAGUCGUGCAUGGGAGAGGGGAAAUGAGACUAGCACUGUAGAUGGUGGAUAUGACAUAGUGUUAGUCAAUGAAAUCCCUUACUCUGCAAGCUCUCUUCAAAACCUCUAUUCGCUCAUAAAAAAGUGCCUGCGGCCACCAUAUGGAGUGCUGUAUCUUGCUGCAAGGAAGAACUACAUUGGAUCAAGCAGCGCAGUGCGGCAGCUGCGAGCAUUGGUGGAUGAGGAAGGCGCAUUCCGCGUGCACCUUGUCUCUGAGCCCCCUGAGAGGGAGAUCUGGAAAUUCUUCUUCAAAUAGUUCGAUGCGGCUUGCCACAAAAAAGUGUGAAAAAGUUCAACGCGGCUGUGCAAAUAGCAGAGGCUGCCUUGAAACUCCAAUUCUGUAAAUAUAAGUUCCUGACCAGUUCUUCCGAUUUUUCUGCAUGUCUUACCCCUUGUUUUUUCCCCUUUCUGGAGACUGGAGUGUGUUGUUGAUUCCGUAGAGUGCACGGGACUGGGAAUCGCCAAAUGCAUGCGUGACAGCUGACUCAAAUCAUAUUGAUAGUCCUUUGCGAUUUACUGUUGAAUGUGGA